AUGCCCUAUGAAAACUUAUCUAAGUCUUAUAAAGCUUUUGUGUCUAAUGUUGAUUAUGUAGAAACACCAAAAAAUAUAGAAGAAACUCUUGAAUUUGCUGAGUGGAGGAAAGUUGUGAUGGAAGAAAUGAGGGCUUUCAAGGCAAAUGAAACUUGGGAAGUCUCGAAUCUACCUAGUGGGAAGAAGACAGUAGGAUGCAAAUGGAUCUUCACUACAAAGUUUAAACCUGAUGACAUUAUUGACCGACACAAGGCUCGGCUCGUUGCUAAGGGUUUCACCCAAACCUAUGGCCUAGACUACGACGAAACAUUCACACUGGUUGCCAAGCUAAACACCAUUCGAGUUCUUCUAUCCCUAGCUGUCAACAUGGACUGA